AUGAUCACGCUCGCUCGCACGCUCACUAUAACUUUCGCUUUCACAGGAAUAAGUGUUUCUGAUUCAUAUAUAGAUUUGAUUUACGAAAAACCUCAAAUUGCUGGAUUACCCAUUCUUGGAUGCUCUAAGAAUAUGAUAGGAAACAGAAUUUCUUAUUGGCUCGGCGUUACAGGACCAACAUAUAACAUCGAUACUGCUUGCAGCUCGAGCCAUUUCGCAAUGGUGGAAGCUUACAGGAUGAUUCGAUCUGGCAUUUGCGAAGCGGCUAUUGUCGCUAGCAUAAAUUUGUGCAUCCAUCCUUUUGUCACUCAUCAGUUUUUUUGCCUGGGAGUUCUAUCUACUGAUGGUUAUUGUAAACCUUACGAUGAAGAAGGUAGUGGUUACAUGCGUAGUGAUUCAGCUGCAGUAUUGUACCUACAAAAAGCAAAAAAUGCAAGAAGAAUUUAUGCGACUUUUGUCUAUGGAAAAACCAACUGCGAUGGUUUUAAAGAAGAAGGAAUUACCUUUCCAUCAUUUGACAAACAAAAAAUGUUAUUGGAAAUAUUUUACGAAGAUUGCGAUAUUUCGCCUCUUGAGUUAUUUUACAUAGAGGCUCAUGCAACUGGUACUCUAGCGGGCGAUCCUGUAGAACUUCGAGCCAUAGAUGAAGCUUUAUGCGCUAAAGGACAGCUACCUUUGUUAUUGGGUUCAAUAAAGUCGAAUAUUGGACAUUCAGAAGCUACUAGUGGUCAUUGUCAAAUUGCAAAGAUUUUAAUAGCGAUGGAAACUGGUAUACUAGCACCUACUAUACAUUUUAAACAUCCACGAAAGAAUAUGCUUGCUAUCAUUGAAGGAAGAGUAAAAAUAAUCACUGAACCAACAGAAUAUAAGGAUGGUUAUGUUACGUCCGAUAACAGACGGUCAAGCGUUAAAAAUAUAAAACCAUGUGGAAGCGAACGACAAACAGACAGCGAGAUAUCCAAGCUCAAGCUCAAGUAUCAGACCCAAGAACUUUAA